AUGGGGCCGAUUUCAAAUCUGCAGGAAAUCUGGCAAUCAAUGCAGCAGUUUCUAGAGGACCAUAGAGGAGAGGUGCCACUACAUCUAGCGGCAUCCAGGGGGCAUGAGGGCGUCGUCAGGCUCCUGCUCGAGCGCGGGGCUGAUAUCAACGCACGAAGCAUGCUUGCCUGGUCACCGUUGUUUUAUGCGGCGUAUGCCGGAAGGGAAAAUGUAGUCCAGUUGCUGAUACAGUACGGAGCGGAUGUCACGGCCUCCACCCGCUAUGGAUGGACCGCAUUCCACCGGGCAGCCCUUGCCGGAAAGCCUGCAACGUUACGGGCUCUGAUUGAGAACGGGGCCGACGUUCUGGCGCCAGUCAACGGCGGGAACACCGCUCUCCACAUUGCAGUUUCCGAAGGCUAUGCGAAUGAGAACACAGUUCGAGUCAGCAUAUGCUGGACACCGGGGGUAUUCAGAGUGCUCCUUGAAAACGGUGCAGAUAUCGAGGCACGUGAUGGCCUCGGCCAGUCACCGCUACAUGUUGCGGCGUUGGAGGGCCAUGAGGAGGUGGUUCGGAUGCUACUCGAGAAGGGAGCCGACGCGUCGGCGAGGAAGAAGGACGGGAAGAGCGUUCAUGAUUGUGCGUCGAGGAGAGGGAGACUUCCGGUUGUGGCACUGAUAGAGAAGGUGCUGGAUAUGAAGGCACUCGACCCAAGGUCGAAGACGGUAUAG